AAAUAUAGUUGGAAGACAUAUUGUAUCUGUUAUUUCCAACGUUAUUAUCAAGCGCGCGUUCUUGGGUGAAGCAUCGAAGCCACGGAAAACUGUGAAUAUUUUGAAAAAAUAUUAAUUCGGAUUCGGAUAUAGAAUAUUGUGUAUAUUGAUAUUUUAAAAUAAAAAUUUGCUGAAUCCGAACCUAUCAUAUCUAAAACUAUAAAUUUAGUUAAAAUAAAAUAAUUAUUUAAAAAUCACCAAAAAUAGUGCGCAUAUAUUAAAAUAUGGAAAAACAACGAUUAAUAAAAUGCAAGUUUUUCUUAUGUUUCGUAAUUUCUAACGCCUGGAAAGUGUCUAAACCUAAUUUAAAAUAAAUAUAUAAGUGCUACAUGUGGGCAUAUGUUGAAUCACAGUAAAUAAUUUAAAAGUUCCGACGGUAUACGACUAUAUAAAAAUAAACACGAUUAUAAGUGGAUUAGAAUAAUAAAAUGGACGCGUACCCUUUGCCAACAUAUUUUCCUCUUGCAAAAAAAUUUAGAUCGCCGCCAAUGUUAUUUCAGAUGUUAUUUCAGCUUGUGGAGGGAUAGGACGAAUCUGGUAUAUCGAGAUUGAAAAAAUGAAUAAAGAUGAAAAGAUUCUUAAUAUGCACUCUGAAAUCAUAGAUACUCCGAGUUACAAUUUUUGGCCUCUAGGCGGGCUGCUGCAGUGGCCGCUGCGGCGACGGGUUUACCAGGAUCCUCUUGCAUGAAUCAUGCACACACGACUGAUGUUUCUGGCUCUUUAGUUUCGAUGGCUGAUCCUAAUAACAUUAAAGAAACGGGACAAGUUCUUUCAACUAUUUCCAACGAAAACCCUCUAAAUGCGAACUCUACAGGACAUAUUCACAAUCAUCAACAUGUUCAUAGUAUUAAUGGGCAACCACAUGAAUUCCAUCCAGCUUACCGAAUUCCUGGAUAUAUGGAACAGUUAUAUUCCCUUCAGCGAAGUAGCCCAAAUGGAUCAUUUCAUGAUCCAUAUGCCAAUUGUGCGUCUGCUUUUCACCUAGCCGGUAUUGGAUUGACGUCGGGAGAUUUUUUAGGUACCCGGACUAUAGGUUCCAUUGGCGACUUGCAUCAUGCUGCAGUAGCCGCUGCAGCGGGAUCCCUAGCAAGCACAGAUUUUAAUUUUAGCAUCGAUGGAAACAGACGCUUAAGUAGUCCUCGACCAGCUGGUGGUAGUAUUCGGACCACAAUAAGCCGUAAACGAGCCUUAUCUUCAUCACCUUAUUCAGAUUCAUUUGACAUAAACUCUAUGAUACGAUUUUCACCAAAUUCCUUAGCAACUUUCAUGAAUGGUUCCCGGGGAAGCAGUGCAGCUAGUGGAUCUUACGGUCAUAUUUCCGCUGGUACGAUAAACCCCAUGGCUCACGCACAUUCAGCACUAGGGCCACGCCUACAACAAAUACAAGCUCACUUUUUGCGUGCUAGUGCCGGUCUUUUAAAUCCAAUGACUUCGCAACAAUGUACAGCCGCUGGAUUUUCUAUGGGACAUGUUGCGAGUGCUUCUUUGGGUCUCAAUGACAUGCACGCAAAUCCAAAUGAUUUACCUUUACUUACCGAAAUCCCUGCUGAUGGUGGAAAACAAACUUCUAAGCAUCUUGAUGAUGGACUUAAGAAAAAUCUCCAGCCUCAAGGUAAAUCACAAGAACAACCAUCUUCAACAUCCGGUACGAUAGCUCAAGUAGAAGCAGACAGUGCAUCAUCGAAUUUGGAAAAUCAUCCUAGUAAUGUGGCAGAUAACAAUACAAUCGGGGACAAAAAAUUCAGCAAUCACUCAGACGAUUUAGUCAGGUGUGCCUCUGCGUCGACUCCACUGAAUGAAUACGAUUUCACAAAUGCAGAUACAACCGAUAUUAAGGAUGAGCCCGGUGAUUUUAUUGAAACAAACUGUCAUUGGCACGGAUGUGGAAUAGAAUUUAUGACUCAAGAUGAACUAGUUAGACAUAUAAAUAACGACCAUAUACAAACAAAUAAAAAAACUUUUAUUUGUCGAUGGGAAAAUUGUUCCCGAGGUGAAAAACCGUUUAAAGCGCAGUAUAUGUUGGUCGUACAUAUGCGACGACAUACUGGUGAAAAACCGCACAAGUGCACUUUUGAAGGUUGUUGUAAGGCUUAUUCACGUUUGGAAAACCUGAAAACUCAUUUACGUUCACAUACAGGUGAAAAACCAUACACCUGCGAGUAUCCAGGAUGUAGUAAAGCUUUUAGUAAUGCAAGCGAUCGUGCGAAGCAUCAAAAUCGAACACACAGUAAUGAGAAACCGUAUAUUUGUAAGGCUCCAGGAUGUACAAAACGCUACACUGAUCCAAGUUCAUUGCGAAAACAUGUUAAAACCGUUCAUGGAGCUGAAUUUUACGCAAAUAAAAAGCACAAAGGCUUACCUUUAAAUGAUGCCAACUCUCGAUUACAUAAAGGCAUCAGCCAAAAACAUCACAGCCUGCAAGAUAAUAAUAUUGAUUCCAGUCCAUGCAGCGUCGACCUUCAUGUGGGAAAAGUGGUUGGGAUAUCAAGUUCCAGCAUUAAGUCGGAGGCAGAUGCAAAUUCUCCUCACGUUUUUGUUAAUAGUGUGGGACCAUCAGCUUCAGAAUGCUAUUUAACAUUUACUAAUGAAGAAGUCGAGAACUUCACUUUGGAUGAUUGUUGGGAUUGCGAUGGCGAUGUGGACGUUGCAGACUUACCAAUAGUUUUACGAGCAAUGGUUAAUGUAGGAAACGGUGCUUCGUCUAUUUCUUCUGUAGGAGGUGAUGUUAUGUCUCGUCAAGGCUUUAGAAGCCGACUGCAAACUAAAGGCCUUGCCACAAGUGCAGCUUUACUUUGUAACAUUCCAGAAAGUAAAAGGCUCAUCGGCAUAAGCGAACUUAAUCAAAGAAUAACAGAUCUUAAAAUGGAGCCUAGUAUUGCCAGUCAAGAAGUGAAUCCAUUGACUGUGAAAUCGUGCAUUGGAGGGUUACCAGAGGAGCUAGCACAAACCCAACUACACACUCAUAAUCCUUUACACUGCAACCAAUUACAAGAACCUCAAUUUCGACGGGACAGUCAAAACUCUACAAGUAGUACAUAUUAUGGAAGCAUGCAAAGUCGUCGUAGUAGCCAGUCAUCUCAAGUGUCUUCUAUGUCAACGAUGCGACCAGAUUUGUCUUAUAACAUGCUUAACUCUUCUCUUUAUGAUCCAAUAUCACCUGGAUGUUCGCGUCGAUCUAGCCAAUUGUCAAAUUUAACAAAUUGCUAUACACAAACUGGAGUAGCAGGAAUAGCACAUGCGAACAAAGAUCGUAUUUCAAACAGCCGACCGAAAGCAUCUCAAAAACUUGAUCUUACCGUUAAUGCAUAUACCGGUAGUUUACCACCACCCCCAUCGUCUCAUUUAACUUCGACUAACUUAAAACGCUUGCAGGGAAAAGAUACAGAAUGUUCUUAUCAGAAUAAUUCUAAUUUGCCAGGUGGGGGUAGAUAUUCAAUACCAAAUUAUAUGCAUGUUUCUAACAGUCAAUUAGAUUCAAAUGAAAUAUCUCGACGACAGUCUGAACCAAUAUCAAACGGAAUUUUGGAGCCAAAAAUGUCUGUUUCCUCUCUGACUAAUCAAUUAAAAAAUGUUCAGUAUUACACAAAUACUAAAUUUUCUUUUACCAAUGGAAAUGAAGUCAAUACGCCUGACAUCCAACACCCAAACGAAAAAAUAAACUUGGACGAGGUAGAAGAACUUAUUCUUCCGGAUGAGAUGUUACAGUAUUUAGACUUAGUUAGAGAAGAUGAUAAAAAUGGCAUUAAAAAAGUUUCAGGGAGCAUUGGUAAAUUUUCAUUUGAAGAUGGAAGCUUGCCGUCGCAUGUUGAUAAAGUUUACGCGCCAAUAAAUUCAUUCAAAUAUCAAACACCGUCAAAUUCUAACUUUGGCUUAGGUGCCAACAUGAGCCAACAAACUUUAAACCAACCAGAAUACAGCACAACAUCAAUUGAAAUUCCAUUUCGAGCCCCAGAAGUUUUUCCGCAGUCAGAGACAUAUUGCCAUAAUGUUCGGCCUAAAAAUAAUAACGGUGCCAUUACAAAUACCUUUGUUACGAAUUUCCAACCUUUACCAUCAAAUUUUAAACAAUUAGAUAAGCCCGCUCAAACUGAACUAAUCGAUUCGUCAAUGAAUAGUUUACCACCGGAGCAUGGUGUAAUUAAUCAAAAUACACAAAUUUCAUCUUAUGUUGUUUUCCAACAAAAUAAAAACAAUACUAAAUGCAACGAAAUCCAAUGCGGAAUCAUAAGUCAGUCUCAAAUGUCUCCGUCUUUAAACAUUAAUACCGAUUGUCCGGACUCGACAUUAAAAUCACAAUCUUAUUCUAUGACUAAAUUAAGUGAUUUGCGUAUUCAAAAAAAAAAAGAAUCAGAUGUUCAAAACAACUAUGUAAAAUCAAUGCAGUCAGAUACUUAUCAACGUACACUGGAGUAUGUUCAAAGAUGUCAAAAUUGGAUGGAGACAAACAAUACUGUUACCGAUCCAACUACCAACUACUUUUUGCCUGACGUGAGCAGUUCUACGCACCCAUAUCCCGGAAAUAUGGUAAUUAAUGAUAUGACUACUUCAUUAAGUUCGCUUUUGGAAGAAAAUAAAUUUCUGCAAAUGAUCCAUUAAGAAAAAUUCUAUGAAAAGUAAUGCUUGAUGUAAUAUAUAAAACAAUGAAAUGUAAUGUAGAUAAAAUAUGAUUUCAUGACAAACUUCAAUUCUUAAAAAAGUAUUAAAUUUUUUUCUUAUAUCUGAGAGUAUUACGUGUAGUAAUAAACCAUUAGUAAACUAUAAAAGAGAUUCAAUAUUUCAAUUAGUUUUAAAGCAAAGUAAAGGAGUCAAUUAUGUAAUGUAUUCGAAAAAUGAUGUCUUCCCUAAUAAACUAAAUAAUAAAAUUGUUAGUAUUAAUAUAAUAUUUUA